CAAACAACAAUCUAAACAGAACCAACCAUCUAUAACCCAUAUAGAGCACUCAUUUACAGUUAGUUUGAAGCAAAAUUAAAGGAGAAGUGAUGGCAUCUCUAGCAAGCUUUGCUGCUGUUCAGCCUAUGACCAUUAAGGGUCUUGCCGGAAGCUCCCUUACCGGAACUAAGCUUCACAUCAAGCCUUCAUGCCAGACUUUUAAGCCCAUCAGCUACAAGUCUGGUGCUGUUGUGGCUAAAUAUGGUGACAAGAGUGUCUACUUUGAUUUGGAGGAUUUGGGCAACACUACUGGCCAAUGGGAUUUGUAUGGAUCUGAUGCACCUUCACCCUACCCUCCUAUUCAGAGCAAGUUCUUUGAAACUUUUGCCGCUCCCUUCACUAAGAGAGGUCUGCUGCUCAAAUUCUUGAUUUUGGGAGGUGGUUCCACGCUUGCCUACGUCAGCUCCACAGCCACCGGAGACGUUCUACCAAUCAAAAAGGGUCCACAACUACCACCAAAGCUUGGUCCACGUGGAAAAAUCUAAGCCUUUCGCAACCUUCAACCUUUUGAUUAUGAUCAAUGUAUCUUCCUUGUAAGUAUGUCUGAAUCCCGACUAAGACCUGAUUAAUUAUUGUAUUAGUAAUUGGGAGCUUUCUCGUUAUAUGUUACAAGUACUAAAUUAUGAUAAUCCGAUCCACUAUUAUUUUACCA